UCUCUCUACUGCGUGUGUGUUUGGUCCCCGCGCCGUUGUCUUCGACGUCAUUCACGAUUGCGAUACACGGGUGUAGUUUCAGUCGGUGGCCAACUACGGACCUUGUAUAGCGCGCGUUACCUUUAUACCAGCAAAGUUAUAUCUAUUAACAAUAAGAGUGGAGUCUAUUAUAUUAGUUCUUCCAUUUAUUUUAAUUUCUAUCGCUUCGCGCGGAUAUAUCAAAUUGUAUUGAAUUUGUCGACGUCAUUUUCCAGUGGAAUUUCGCUCUUUUUUCUCCGAUUUAUAAUUUGGUGUCUUGCCAAUCAGCUUCGCUCUUUAUUAUUAUUGAUUGGGUCUCGUCGACGAGAGAGUCAUGUCAACCACGGUCAAGAGCCGGACACCUCCGCGGAGUUCUGCUGGCGGAGCGGAUGACGACGACAGCGGGCAGGAGAUGAUGUUCCUCAACGGGAGCGACACGGGAGCUGACGGCAGUCAUCGGCAGAACUUUCGACCACCUCAUAAUAGGGGGCCAGCAUCAGGAGGAGUUUCAUCCGAAGGAGCGGCGACAUCAGGAGGACCUUCGCUACUGCCGUCGGGUGCUGCCACAUCAGCGGGGCACAAUAAGAGCAGCGUGGUCAACGAUGCCGUUCUUCACGUGCCCGAGUCGCUACCCGAGCGCCAAAAAUGGGAUAAUAAAUUGCAGUUCAUGUUGAGCGCUAUUGGAUACUCGGUGGGAUUGGGCAACGUUUGGCGUUUCCCUUAUCUGGUCCAGCAAAACGGAGGCGGAGCGUUUUUGAUUCCGUUCUUCGUCAUGCUACUGCUGGAGGGCAUCCCGCUCUUCCUGGUGGAGUUGGCGCUGGGGCAGAAGUUACGUCAGGGCUCGCUCGGGGCCUGGAAUCUCAUCCACCCGUGGCUGGGCGGUCUGGGCAUCGCUUCGACGCUGGUCGCCUUUCUCGUCGGCCUCUACUACAACGUCAUCAUCACCUGGUGUUUCUACUACCUGUUCAACUCCUUCCAGUCUCCUCUACCUUGGUCGACGUGUCCGAUCGAUUCGAACGGGACGGCCGUCAAGGAAUGCACGGCCGCCACCGAAACGGCUUACUUCUGGUACCGGACGGCCCUGGACAUUUCGCCGAGCGUCGACCAGCCGGAAGGCAUCAAGUGGUGGAUGGCCCUGUGUCUUCUACUCUCCUGGAUUAUUGUUUACUUCAUCACGAUGCGAGGCAUCCAAUCUUCCGGAAAGGUUGUCUAUUUCACGGCGCUCUUCCCCUACGCCGUUCUCACCAUCUUUUUCAUCAGAGGCAUCACCCUCAAGGGAGCUGGCGCUGGAUUAGCCCACAUGCUACAACCACAAAUGCACAAAUUAUUGGACCCGACCGUCUGGCUGGACGCUGCCACCCAGGUCUUUUAUUCGUUCAACAUCGGGUUCGGCUCGCUCAUCGCCUUCGGCAGCUACAACCCGCCGCGCAACAAUUGCGUCAAAGACACUCUCAUCCUGUCCGUCUGCAACGCGGCCACGGCCGUCUACGCCAGCGUCGUCAUCUUCGCCAUUCUCGGCUUCAAGGCCGUCCGCUCUUACGACCUCUGCGUCAACCACGAUAAAGAUCUGAUUGGCCAGCGAUUUCCCGGUCUACUCGUCAACGGCAGUUUGACAGACGAGGCCUACGCCAAUUUCCUGCAGUACCGCGACGAGUCCAAAGACCUGGGACUCCGAGGUUGCAACCUGGAAGAAAUCAUGAACGAGUCGGUGGAAGGGACGGGUCUGGUGUUCAUCGUCUUCACGCAGGCCAUCGUCGAGCUACCGGCGGCCCCGUUCUGGGCCAUUCUCUUCUUUCUGAUGUUGCUGGCCCUGGGCGUCGGCUCCCAGAUCGGCACGCUCGAAGGCGUCAUCAGCACCGUCUUUGACAUUCAGAUCGUCCGCGGAGCCCGCAAGGAAGUCGUCUCCGCCGCCGUGUGCAUCGUCAGUUACCUGAUCGGCCUGCUGUUCGUGACCGGAUCGGGCGAGUACUGGGUCAAGAUCUUCGACUCGUUCGCCGGAACUACCGGAUUGAUCUUUAUCGCCCUCCUAGAGUCCAUCGCCGUCAUGUACAUUUAUGGACACCGAAAAUUCUCGCAAGACAUCCUGCAGAUGACGGGUCACAUGCCAGGGCCCUACUGGCAGAUCACAUGGCGUUUUGUCGGCCCCGUAUUGAUCAGCGUCCUCUUGGUGGCGUCCAUCAUUUACCGCUCGUUCGACAAACCCGCCUAUUAUGCCUGGAAUGCCCAAGAGGGCAAGAGCUUUCUGACACCCUACCCGCAGUGGGUGUUGAUCGUUGGCGGUUUGCUGGCCACCCUGUCGGUCCUGCCCAUUCCGGCCGUGUUCCUGUUGCGUCGCUUCCAAUUCCUCCGGCUCGACACGGACAUCAACAAAGGUGUCAUCCGGCGCAACGAGACGACCAUUUCCACCAAGCAGAUGAUGACCGACGUCGACGAGUACAUCGACACGGCCAUCGAAGAGGAAGAUGAAGAAGAGGCUGUCGGCCGUUUAGAAAUGACGGCGUCCAGCAAUCGGUCGUUCAGCAUCAGCCACCGCGACGAACACUAAAAAUCUAAUAACCCCCUCCCAAACAAUGAUGACAUUGCGUCAUCAACUCGCCAGGUGCCGCGUUAUACAUUUUCUACUUUUUCGAAACUUUUUUUGGUUUGUGCUGGUACGCGUUUUACAAGAGUUUAUAGAUGAUCUCCGCGCUAUAUAGAUUGAGAAUUUCGGUUCGUUCGUUUGGUUUUAUUUAUCGUCGGCUCACUUCAAGACAAAGAACAAAAUAUUCAACAAUUAAUAUUCGUGUUAAUAAUUCAUUUUUCCUUCCGCCGAUUUGAUCAAUUAUCAUGUAGCAUCGAUCCCAUGUUUUUGUAGAUUAUAUAGAAAAGUGAUUGGGUUAAAUUAGGUAGAUGAUUUAAAAAAAAAAAAGAUUUUUAUUAUUGAACUUGGGCGGCCGGUCGUCUGUUUGAAGACGACAGUCGAUUCUAGAAGAAGAAGACAAUUUGGGCUCCUGAUAAAUCAACUUGAUGGCUUUUCAAGAGAGUGACGAAACUGCUGAGCAGCUGAGGAUUUAAACCAAAAAGAAGACUUUGGCGGAGAAGCGGCGCCGUGCGCCCACAGCGCGAAGACUCUACAAGUUCCCAUUAAAUUAAUGGAGAAGACAAAAAGACAAAAAAAAAACGAAAUUAAAACACAUUUAUAUUAUAUGAAAUAAUUCCCCUCUCCCCCAAACCAAUCGUAUACUAUUCCGUUCGACAAAGUCAUAUACAUAUACUAUAUAUAAAGAAGAUGAUGAAUUUCUUUUUCUCUCUAAUUUGUUGCUAAUUUUUAUGUUGAUGUUGGAAGAUUAUUAUUAAUAUUGAAGAAGAUGCAAUAGUUUUACAUGUUUAUAGCUUCAUGUCUUUAAAGUGUAUACGUAUAUAUAUUCAUAUACGGUAUAUAUUCAAGCACAUAACUAUACAUAUAUACAUCUAUCUACAUUCUAAUAGUGUUGACUCCUGAAAUACUUUUUCUUUUAGGCAGACCUAAAGAAAAGAACAAAAGUUAAAUUUUUUAACCUAUUAAAAUUUCAGUGGAAAACCAA